AAAGAACUGAACUGAGACUAUACUAUGUCGUUUUAUUUUUAGUUGCAGAGGCAGAAGCUUGUAAGAAUGGCAGUUCGAAUCCUUAAACACGCACGCUUUACAAUCCCAAACACCCUGUUUUUGUCCCAAUUUUCUACCUCAUCUCCUCCACCGUCUGAUCAAUCCCACCACAUAAUCUCCACCGUCGUUUCACUCCUCACUCACCACCGCUCCAAGUCACGUUGGACUCACCUCCACUCACUCUGCCCCUCCGGUUUCACACCAUCCCAGUUUUCCCAAAUUGCCCUCGACCUCAAGAACAAUCCCCAUCUUGUCCUCCGCUUCUUCUCCUUCACACAACGCAAAUCUCUCUGUAAACAUGACCUCAACUCUUAUGCUACUGUCAUUCACAUCCUCUCUCGGGGCCGCCUCACUUCCCAUGCCCAAAAUGUUAUCCGGGUCGCCAUUAGAUUUCCAGAACCGAACCCGGUAAUGAAACUUUUUGAAAUUCUUGUUAAAACCUAUAGAGAGUGUGGUUCAGCUCCUUUUGUGUUUGAUUUGUUGAUUAAGUGUUGUUUAGAAGUGAAAAAGGUUGAAACUUGUGUUGAUAUCGUGAGAAUGUUGAUGUCUCGUGGGCUUGGUUUGAAAGUUAGUACAUUUAAUGCUUUGAUAUGGGAGGGUUCGAGGUGUAAAGGAGUGAACUUUGGGUAUGAGAUUUAUAGGGAGGUUUUCAGGUUAGAUUGUGAAGAGAGUGAAAGAAAUGGUAAAGAUGUGAAAAGGGUUGUCAGGGUUAGGCCUAAUGUGCAUACAUUCAAUGCUUUGAUGGUGUGUUUUUAUAGAGAAGGGUUGUUGGAGAGAGUGGAGAAUAUAUGGUUUGAAAUGGAGGGAAUGGGAUGUGAAGCUGAUUGUUAUAGUUAUGGUGUUUUGAUGGUUGUGUUGUGUGAGGAAGAAAGGAUGAGAGAGGCGGAGAAGUUAUGGGAAGAAAUGAGAGAUAAGGGUGUGGAGCAUGAUGUAGUGGUGUAUAAUACAAUUAUUGGGGGGUUUUGCAAGAUUGGACAGAUUGGGAGGGCUGAGGAGUUUUUUAGGGAGAUGGAGUUGAGUGGGGUUGAGAGUAGUUGUGUUACUUUUGAGCAUCUUGUUAACGGAUAUUGUAGAGUUGGGGAUGUUGAUUCGGCCGUUUUAGUGUAUAAAGAUAUGUGUAGGAAAGAUUUUAGGCCAGAGGGUUCCACGGUAGAGGUUUUGAUUAGAGGGCUUUAUGAUAAGAGAAGAGUUUUUGAAGCAAUGAAGAUACUGAGGGUUGGAGUUGAAAAGUUUGGUCUAUCUCCUACAAAGAAAAGCUACAUGUUCUUGAUAAAGGGAUUGUGUGAGGAGCAGAAGCUGGAAGAAGCAUUGAAGGUUCAGGCAGAGAUGGUGGGAAAAGGGUUUGAGCCCUGUUUAGAGAUUUACAAUGCUUUUGUUGAUGGAUAUAUGGAACAAGGAAAUGUGGAAGUGGCAAAUAUGCUGAGAAAGGAGAUGUUAGAAUCUCAAAAGAGGCAGGAAGAGGUUUAGAUUUUUAAUUGUUGUAUGAGUGUUUGCCGACGCCGAGUCAUAACAGCAGCCAGUCACCAGUUAUUUUGAGUUGAAUGGUGUGAACUAUAUGGUUGACGUUUGCGUUGCAGACUUCUUAUCUGAUUGAUGCAAAUUCCUUGUUGAAGAAAAAAUGGCUAUGAGUGGUUCCUCAUGCACUGCAAGGGAAGAAUUCAAAUGUUUCGGCACCUUAGUCAAUGACAGAAUCAAAAAUGGAAAUGUGGAGCUGUGAAGAAGCAGAAGGUGAUUUUUUUUUUUCUCAGAUGCCCGUCUUGUUCACCAUUUUCUUCGACGUAACAUUCCAUAUAUUAGUAUGAUUUCUGUAUGUUAAAUUGGAUGUUGAAGAAUACAGUCUCCCUUUGUGAAUAAAAUGGCAUUCACUGGAAGUGACUUUCAUUUGCUGUUUCCUUUGAAUUUGAUCAGCAUUUUGAGUGAAUUUCCAUAUCUGUUUU